AGAGAGAGAGAGAGAGAGAGAGAGUACGAGAAGGACUCAAAUUUAAUCUGUCAUUAUUAUUGGAUGAGGGAAUAGAAGGAAGUCUGUCUAAACUUACAUAACUGGUUGAGUUCAAAGUACGGAGAGAGAGAGGAUAAGCAUAGCGUGACAACUUGGAAUAAAAUUUGACACGGAAAGGCUGCAAGAAACAUUUUAGAAGAGCAGAAAUCUACUCGAUUUACUGUUUCAACAUAAUGGAAAUCCCAGACUUGUCUUCAAUGAAACUAUCUGGUCGUCCUGAGUUGUUUGAUUUUGAGGGUGUUUCUAUGGUUCACUAUUUCACUGACAACUGGGAAAAGGUGAAAAACUUUCAAGCAAGACCUGAUGACAUUCUAAUCGCCACUUACCCUAAAGCAGGUACCACCUGGGUGUCAUAUAUUCUAGACCUUCUCUACUUUGGUCACAAUGCUCCAGAGCGCCAGACUUCCCAGCCUAUCUAUAUGAGAGUGCCGUUCUUGGAGUCAUGUUUUAAAGUGAUUCCAUCAGGGACAGAACUGUCUGAUAAUCUGCCCACUUCUCCUCGCCUCAUCAAAACUCAUUUGCCUGUUCAGCUAGUGCCCAAGUCCUUCUGGGAGCAGAACUCAAGGGUUGUAUAUGUAGCACGGAAUGCAAAAGACAAUGCAGUUUCCUAUUUUCAUUUUGAUCGAAUGAACAUGGGUGAACCUGAACCAGGAGACUGGAACACCUUCUUACAAAAAUUUAUAGAAGGAAAGAAAGUGUUUGGUUCAUGGUUUGACCAUGUCAAUGGAUGGUGGGAGAAAAAACAGACUUAUUCUAACUUACUGUACAUGUUCUACGAGGAUUUGGUUGAAGACACUGGACGCGAGGUGGAAAAUUUGUGCUCCUUCUUAGGUUUGACAACCUCAGUUGAAGAGAGGGAGAAAAUAACAAAAGGGGUUCAGUUUGAUGCCAUGAAAGAGAACAAAAUGACUAACUACUCCACUAUCCCAGUCAUGGACUUCAAGAUCUCACCCUUCAUGAGGAAAGGUAAAGUUGGAGACUGGAAAAAUCAUUUCACUGUGGCACAAAAUGAACAGUUCGAUGAGGUCUACAAACAGAAGAUGAAGAACACCACUGUAAAGUUCCGCACUGAGAUUUAAUUUAUUAUUUUUUUAAUAGUUUCUAGUUACAGGAAUUGUUUAGCUAUGGGUCUUGCACCUGCAAUCUGAAUAUUCAUUAAAAUUAUAUGUUCCCCAAUCCCAAUGUACCAUGCAAUAAAUUUGAAAUGCUGCAUUAUUAGGAAAAUGUCUGCUAAUAGUGGUAAAUUUGUCUUAUCAUAUUUGUGCAUAAUGUUGGUGAAAGGUCUUUCUUGUUUUUUUUUUUUUUUUUCAAAAUCUAACUUUACACAAAAAUACAAUAAUAAUAAUAAUAGUGAUUAGUGUCCAUAGUGUAAACCUGACUGGUGCAAUUCCCCAGCUUGCAGGCCAGUUCUGAGUGUUUGGAUGUGGUGGAUAUGGUACACUACUGCAUAAUUUGCUGAUCAGUCCAGGAUCCUGGAUCAUCUCUUUAAAAUUACACCUGAUAUUGUGUGAUUGUUUGUUACAUUAUUUGAGCAUCAGCUGAUGAAUUACCGCUGCUGUGAUUAAUAAUGCUCCUGCUUUCCACAAUUAGCGAAUAUCACUAUGAAAACAGUACAUACUAUAAAGUCCAGUUUGCACAGAAUGCAGAAUUUUUCUGAAAAGAUUGAAUAAAAUAAUCAGUCAAAAUAUGGCACACCACAAUACAGUA